UGUUACCGGAAUUGCCCCUGCCUACAGCACUGCCAUCAAGUAUGCACAAUAAGAGUCUUCUUUUCAAUUCAAAAAUUGCUGAUGAUGCUCGAAGGAUCCUUGGAUGCAGAGAUGAAAACUUGGUUCAACAACUCCUUUAUGCACUAAAACACACUUCAACAGAUCACAUUGAAUUGAAAGAUAGUUUGGCCAGUGAUGCCAUUGAAGGGGAUAUUCCAGAUUUAUUGAAAAUGGUUUUAAGACAAGAUCCCAAUGUUUUUCAUUCUACUGCUAGGAGAAAUUAUGAUGGCAGACAGACCCGUCAAAGCUUAUCACAGCAACGGUCUUCAAGUUAUCCCCAGCAGCAACCACCACCCCCUUCCCCACAACAACACCAACCACCACAACAACAACAACAGCAACAACCACAACAGCAGCAGCAGCAACAACAGCAGUAUCAUCACCAACAUCAGCCUAGACAACCCCAGCCUUUGUCACUUUAUCAUUCAUCUCGUUUUCCAUCAUAUCAAAAUAAUACUACUUCUAGAUGUCCACAGCAAAGUGGUCAACGGUUUCCUAACAGCCAAUAUCCUGUCCAUGGUAACUUUUACCCUACAACAAGAUUCCAACAACAGCAAUAUCAGCAUUUUGCUCAAAGUCAGCACCAUGAACAAUAUGCAGGAUCUCCUGCUCAAGCGGCUGUGGCAGAACCCUUGAUAAAUAUUGAUAUUUCCCCUAUGCCUGAAUCAGCUGGAUCAGCAUACUCUAGCAGGCGCCGUUCAAGUACUUCCAGUAAGCCACAAACUUUAAGCUGUUCUGAACCUACUGAAAGGAAAAAUCCUAGUACUUUGAACAAAGAAAUGGAAUUAUCAAAUCGGAAAGGAGGUGACCGUAAAUGUGUUGAAGUAAUAAAUAGAAGAGGAAGGCCUCCUCAGAUAACACCACGGCAUCAAUUUCCACAGCAGCAGCAGCAACUGAGCCAGCAGCAAAAAUUGUCUCAGCAACGACAACCACAUCACCACCAACAACAACAACAACAACAGCAACAGCAACAACAACAACAACAACAACAGCAGCAACAUCAUCAGCACCAUCAACAUCAUCAUCAACAACAACAACAACAGUUGCUGUUUCAACAACAAUUUGAGCAAUUACAGCAACAACAACAACAUCAAAGGCAACGGCGUGUACCGCAACCGACCUUGCCAAUACUUCCACAACAGCCACCAUUACCACAUCAUAAAAGACAUUUACAACCACCUCCACCUGUUGAAAAUGACUCUGAGGAGAUUUCUUUUGAUAAAGCUGUGGAACUUUUGGUUGCAAGAAAUUCUUGGCCUAUUGUUGUUUUAGAACCACUUGAUCCAGAGACAUUGCAAUCAAUUGCCACUGGGGGAAGAAUUAAGGCCGACUGUGAUAUUAUGAGGAGACAGUUAAAGGGCUGUAAAAGAAGUUAUUCUGCUGACAGUGAUGAUGAUGAUGAUCUGUAUUCUCAAAAGAAGAGAAGAAAGAGAAAUAAAAGGCUUCAUCAAAGAGCGCUGUCUAUAGAUGAACUUCUUGAAAGUCCAACUUUUAAAAAAUUUGUAACAUCAAUUGAGUAUGUGUUUGAUUCUGCUGAAGAUAUAGAUUUUGGAUCUUUGGAUCCAGAUGACGAUGACGUUGAAUGUCCACCGGAGUCAUUAAUCUCUAGGCAAGUUAUGUCUGAGAUUUGUAGUGAAGCAGCAAAGUUGAAGUCUAUGGGUGUAUUCAAUCAGAUCCCUGGUGAUAAACUUGUGAGAUUAUUGGCUAUUUUACAAUGGAAUGUUCGAGAUGGCAUGAAAUUAACUCCAAAUAUAAACCAGGAAGAAGAAGAUGAAGAACAAAUUCUGUGGAGAGAAAUUACAAUGGAGAGAAUAAUGCGAAGUAUGGAUGCUUCUUUAGCAGCUCUGUAUAUUAUUACUGCCCCAGAUAUGCCAAAACAAGUGUAUUUGGAAGAUGUGAUAGAAAGGAUAAUCUUGUUUGCGAAAUGGCAGCUGCAGAAUACAGUCUAUCCAGAGUUUGAUCAUGUUUAUAAGAUAGAUCCUCAUGCUAAAGAUGGUUAUCAUGGCAGUGUGAAAGCCAAGAGAUCCCGGUCACAUAUAGUUAAAAAUAAAUUAACUAUCAUGCUCUAUAAUAAACUGUGUGAGCUAGUCGAGGCCUUAGGUGUGUUAUUAAGUAUCCAAGAACUUACUGACACUGUUGUCCUACAGGUUUCUACGUUAGGUGUGUCACCAUUUUUUGUGGAAAAUAUAAGUGAAAUGCAAUUAAAUGCCAUGAAGUUAGUCACUAUUAUUUUUUCAAAAUAUGACAAACACAGGCAGCUUAUUCUUGAAGAUAUUUUUGCUUCUCUUGCUCGUUUACCAUCUAGCAAACGAAAUCUUCGGAAUUACAGGUUAAAUGCAGAAGAAUCAAUUCAAAUGGUAACUGCCCUUGCUUUACAGUUGAUCCAGUGUGUUGUAAAAGUUCCCAAACCAAAAAUAGCAAUGAAUCAAUUUAUGGGGGAGGAAAAAGCUCCGGAAAAAAAUUCUAAAGGAAAGACUGAUAAUGAUGUGUUAAUUGUAACAUCUUAUGAAACUGCAAUGCGGACUGGAUAUAACUUUCUAUCAGUUUUUUUAAAAAAGUGUACUGCAAAAAGUGAAGAUGAUUUUCGCCCACUUUUUGAAAAUUUUGUCCAGGAUUUACUUUCAACAGUGAAUAAACCUGAAUGGCCUGCAUCAGAACUUUUAUUGAGUCUCUUAGGGCGAAUCCUUGUGCAGCAAUUUAGUAACAAAUCCACAGACAUGUCACUGCGAGUUGCUUCACUUGAAUAUCUUGGUAUUGUUGCGGCAAGGUUACGUAGGGAUGCAAUAUCAAGUCACAUGGAUCAGGAAACUGUAAACGAUAUUGUUGAGAAGAUGAUGUUUUCAGGUCCGGACAGAAAAGAUUCUUCAUUGAUGAAUAUGGAUAAAGAUUAUAGGCAAACAGAAAGCCUACAGAGAGCAUUAUUAGAUUAUCUUGCUGAGCAUGGACAGAGAGAACGAGCUUUAUUGUUUUCUCGUUCAUUUUACAUUGCACAAUGGUAUCGGGAUACGGAUAUGGAAGCUGAAAAGUCAGCAAAGAAAGGAUCUAGAGCAGAACAAGAUGGUGAUAUUGAAGAAGUAGACAGAUUAGCAGAAAUCUUGGCUGGUUCUGAAAGAAAGAAAAAGUUUUUGCUGUCAAUGGUUCCUGUGAAUCCCAAACCAUUGGGAACUGUGAGGACAUCAAAUUACUUACUUGUUUAUCAAGAGGCCUGUCUUGCAGCUUGUUAUUUGAGUUCAAAAAGACCUUUUGCACAGAGCUUUGAUAUAUAUUUGACUCAGAUCUUGCGGGUACUUAGUGAAACAGCUGUUGCUGUGAGAACAAAGGCUAUGAAAUGCUUAUCUGCAGUUGUUGAAGCUGACCCGAGUAUCUUGGCACGGGAUGAUAUGCAGCGAGGUGUCCAUGGCAGAUUUCUUGAUCAAUCAACAUCAGUACGUGAAGCAGCAGUUGAGCUAGUGGGUAAAUUUAUUUUGAUCCGUCCAGAACUCAUCCCUAAGUACUAUGAUAUGUUAUGUGACAGAAUUUUGGAUACUGGUAUCAGUGUUCGCAAAAGGGUAAUCAAAAUUUUCAAAGAUAUAUGUUUGGAACAACCAGAUUUUAAUAAAAUACCUGAAAUGUGUGUAAAAAUGAUACGUAGGGUAAAUGAUGAAGAAGGAAUAAAGAAGUUAGUCAGUGAAGUUUUCCAAACAAUGUGGUUUACUCCUUGCAAAGAGAAAGAAUCAGAUGAAAAACUUUUACGGCGAGUUGUGAAUAUUACUGAAGUGGUUGCAGCUUGCAAGGAUUCUGGUAUUGAAUUCUUUGAACAAAUGUUGGAAAAUCUGUUAAAAGAAGAUGAAAAUGGGAAAGUCAACAAAAGUGCACUUCAAGCUUGUCGCCAAAUUGUAAAUUGCCUUGUCGGUAAUGUUUUAUCAUUGGAAGAAAAAUCUGUCGAAACAGUGGAUGGAUCUGGAAAUAAUAGUGAGCAUUUAGUGGCUUGUCUGUCAACGUUAUACAUGUUCAGCAAGAUAAGACCUGAUUUAGCUGUGCAUCAUGGAACAACCUUGCAGCCUUACCUGGAUAUCAAGUGCAAUACUGUAGAAGACACAAUGGUUCUUCAUCAUGUUGCCAGAAUAUUAGAAUUAAUUGUGCCUCUGAUGGACCACCCAAGUGAAUCAUUCCUUGCACAGUUGGAAGAAGACAUGAUAAAAUUAAUUCUUAAGCAUGGCAUGAUGGUGUUGCAGAGUUGUGUGAGUUGUUUAGGAGCUGUUGUGAACAAUGUCAGUCAUAAUUACAGGCUGGUCAAAGACUGUUUUCAAAAAUUCUUUGGUGUCCUGUCUAAAUUGAUGGCUGAUCAUAAGAAAAAUCCUGAUAAUCCAACUCUUGUGAGCAGAAGACCUACUUUAUUACGGGCUUUAUUCACAGUUGGUUUGUUGUGUAGGCACUUUGAUUUUGAUUCCAAAGAUAUGGGUGAAACAAAGGUUUCCAUUAAGGAUCGGGUUUUUGAUGUUCUUUCAUAUUUUAUUGCCCACGAAGAUGAAGAUGUGCGCAUAAAAGCUCUCACAGGUUUAGGUUUCAUGUGUAUCCGUCAUUAUGAGUACAUGCUUGGGAGGACCCUUAAAGAGCUUUAUUAUUAUCUUCUGACUGACUAUAAUGCAUCAAUGAAACUAAAAAUUCAAGCUUUGAAAAACCUUCAUGGUUAUUUAGUUGAAGAAGAAGUCAAGAUGAUUCAAGCUGAUGCAGAAUGGAGAAAACAGUGUAAAGCUGAAGAUCUAAGAGACAUGGGUGACGUACAGUCUGGAAUGGCUAGUACAAUAAUACAAGUUUAUCUCAAACAGAUUCUUGAAUCUUUUAUUUGUGCCAAUUCUCAAGUACGUGGAGCUGCAUUGGAUGUUAUACAUCUUGUUCUACGGCAAGGCCUAAUUCAUCCUGUACAAUGUGUACCUUACCUUAUAACUAUGGGAACAGAAAGUGAAGCUGCUGUCAGGAUUAAAGCUGAUCAACAGCUACAAGAGAUAGAUAAGAAAUAUCCUGGUUUCAUUCAUAUGAAGGCUCUUCAAGGAAUUAAGAUGUCCUACAAAAUACAAAGUAUCAUUCAAGACCCCUCAGAGCCGGUCCGUGGCCUUAGAAACAUGGAUAAUUCCUAUCAAAGUCUAAAUGCAUUCCUUUACACUGUCCUUAGAGGAAACAGACAACACAGGCGAGGGCUUCUCACUUCAGUGUUAAAUUUAUUUGAUGAUUCUGCUAGAGUAUCAUUAGAAGAGUUGUUAUAUGUUGCUGACAAUUUGGCGUUCUUUCCUUACCAAACACAAGAUGAACCUUUAUUUAUCAUUCACCAAAUAGACAUCAUUGUAUCAGUCUCAGGAUCAAAUUUGUUACAGUCUUUCAAAGAAGGAAUAUUUAUGAAAAAUAACUCAAAUCAAAAUAGUGAUAAAAGGAAAAAAGAUUUUUAUGAUGAUGAAGAAGAAGAAGAUAUAGAAACUUUAAUGGAAAAGCUGCAAAGUUGCAACAUUCAACCUUUGCAAGAAAUUUGCAGAAUUUCCCAGGGCUGUAUUCUUUUAUUGGUAUUAAAACAGCAUUUAAAAGACUUAUAUGGCUUCACUGACAGCAAAAUAUACCGGUACUCCCCAACAGAAGCAGCCAAAAUUUAUGACAAACCGUUGUCUCGGAAAUUUUGUGUUGAAUUUACACCAACAUCAACUAUAGAAUUAUUGAAAAAAGGUACAGAAAAGUUAGUUGAGAGGGAAGCCCGAAGGAAAUUGGUUGAAGAAUAUUUAGAUUUUAAGCAUUUAAUGUUGAGUAUUGAUCCACCUGAUGACAAUGACUCUGAUGAUAACAAGAGUACAGGAAGAGCAUCUCCUAUACCCAAAAAGCCAGCAGAAAAGGAAGAUGGAGUUGAUAAAACACCAGAAAAAUCAACUAUUGUUGAUAAAAUUUCUGAUGGGAGUGAUGGUAUCAAACCAAAGCCACAACAUACAACACGGUCUCACAAGUAUGCUGUAUUACUUGAGAAAAAGAAAAGAAUUAAAAUGACUCCCAAAUCCAAACCAACGCCCACACCUCCCCCAUCCCAACCACCAAAGAAAAAGCCCAAGAAGAAACGUCGACGGAGAUUUAGUGAAAGUGAAGAGGAUAGUGACAGUGAAGAUGAUCCAGAUUUUGUGGCUUGAUAGUGUUGGAAUAAUUUACUGUUUGUUUCUCUCAUUUUCUUGGUUUUACUUCUCACAUCCAAAAAAGUUUAUUUCUUCUCAAGAAAAAAACAAAACAAAACAAAAAAAAAACUGCAGAUCAUCUGUUUGCUGCUGCCAAUGGCAUCAUCAUUUUCAGUGCAUCUUCAUUCGUCUCAUACCAAAAGACUUUAAAAGAACUACCCAUCCAUUAAUAUAUUCAUCAUUGUUUUUGGAGACUGCAUACACGGAAGUCUCUGAAAUCUCAUCAACCAGUGAUAACUCACAGCUACCAAGACACACAGAAUCCACAAACGCACAUGUACACACACAUAUACAUGCAUCCAUACAAACAACCAUGCACACAUGCACAGUGUAUAUAAGUGCAUCUGCAACAAUCACAAUCCAACAACUUUUUAAAAAAUACUAUGAACAUAUAUAUAUAUAUAUGUGUGUAUAUAUAUAUGUUUGUUAAAGGACAACUUAUAAAAAAAAACAAAACAAAAAGAAAAUAGCAUCAGCAACAAGCAAACAAAAUGUGACCUGUAUAUAAAUAUAUAUAUUUAUAUAUGUAAUGUGGAAGUUAUUACCACAUUACAGAAGACUAAUGAAAGAAAUUCAACUCCAAAAAUCAUUUGGACAUUUCAUUUGACAUUUUCAUCAAACAUCAGCUGUAAACUUUCAUCCAUUUGCCAUCUGUAAAGUUAUAUGUAUUUAUUUGUGAAUAUGUCCAUUUUUUAUAGUCCCUACAGCACCAAAGAUGUCUGAAAACAGUGGAUCAAAACUAAAGCCUUGUCUUCUGAAAGAAGAUGGCAAGUUGUACUGUUUGUUAUGAUGCUGUAAAUGUUAAAAUUAAAUUUUCAUACUGUAUAGUUUACUGAAAGCAAAGAAACAAAAAAAAAAA